GGAGGGAUUGCUUGUGCUUCUUCGCCGGUGUGGUUUAAUUUUUCGGCGUCGUUGCAGCUUUCGUCCGGCGGUCUCUGGUUUGCUUCCUCGUCGAAAUUCUCGAGACCUUGUUUGCCGGUGUUGAUCUCCAGCUCCUGUCCUUCUGCCAACGCAACCGCCGCGCCGUCCCUCACCAGUCACCCCGCUCGUUGCCGGCUUGUCCAUCGUCGCGCCUCUACCACGCUCGCCGGCACUUUUCGUCGCGCUCAGCACGUCCUGCUGCAGCCGCGACAGCAGUUUUGCCGACUUAUUCUGACGCCACAGCAGCAGUCCCUGGUGGUUUCCGGUGAUUCCAGGCGGCAUCCCGGCUCCACUUGACGCCACCGCUUGCUGUUUUGUUUCCUCUGCUACGUUUGAUUUCCUUUCGCUGGUUGCAUAGAGCAGACUAGCAUUGACUGAAUCCACACUGUCGCCGCCAAGGAGAGUCCGGGUGACCCCAUAGGGCCAUAACCAACAAACCUUCACCGUUGCAUCUUUUAUUCUAGCUAAACGGUCUGCAAUUUGCUGCGUCCGUGCUGAAUUGCCAUCGCUGCUGCUUUGGUCCUGACGUUCCUCCUCACCCGUCGCUGUAAAGCUGCCCGUCGUCAGUCCCAAUUCUUGGAAAGAAAUACUUCAAACUAGGUUUACUUAGACUUGAAGAUGAAAAGAAAAAGUAGCUCUUCUCCAGAAACAGGAUCCACAAGCCAUGGCUCAUCUGGAACUGAGUACGAUGUGUUCUUGAGUUUUCGAGGACCGGAUACUCGCGCUAACUUCACGGAUUCCCUCUAUCAUGCCCUCGUGGAUAAGUGUAUCAAUGUUUUCAUAGACAAGCAAGGGAUUGACGUUGGUGAAGAGAUCGGUCCUGAGAUUUUCCAAGCCAUCGAUAACUCGAAAAUCUGCAUUCCCAUAUUCUCCAGAGAUUAUGCCUCUAGUAGUUGGUGCUUGCGAGAGCUAGAGCACAUGAUGCGGCGUAGGAAAACCAACAAACUGGAGGUUAUGCCCAUUUUCUAUGACGUGGAACCCUCUGAGGUUAAGCUUGAAACCAGAGUUUAUGCGGAUGCACUAACUCUACAUAAAGAAAAACAUGGGGCUGAGAUUGUGAAACUCUAGGCGGAGGCGCUUAGGGAAGUUACUGGAAUCAAGGGAUGGGACACCAAGAACAGAGGUGAAAAUCAGAGGAAAAAAUCGACUAUGGAUGCAUGAUCAACUUAAGGACUUAGGCAGGAGUAUUGUGCAGCAAGAAAAUUGCAAAGAUCCAAUCAAGGGUCCUCGAGUGUGGUGGAAACGGCAAGUGUGGUGGAAUCGGCAAGGUGGUCUGGAUAUUGUCCAGCAAAAGAAGGGAACCGAAACUGUUGCAGCGUACUAUGAGCAAUCUGAGGUGCCUCUCCAAGACUCUGUUUUGACAUCAAAAGACUUUAUCGAAGUGCCAAAUAUUAGAUUUCUCGAAUUGGAUGGUUGGACCCUCUUUGGAGACUUUGAGGAUCUCUUUUCAGAAUUGAGAUGGCUUACUUGGUGUGGUUGUCCAAAAGAAAUGCAGGCAACCAACUUUUGCCCAAAAAAUCUAGUCAUCCUUGACCUAGGGUGGAGCAGCUCAAUAGAUGAACAUUGGGGUGGUUGGACUCAACUCAAGGUAUGUAAUUUGUAGGAUUGUUAGAUCAUCUAAUGGAAUAAAUGUCAUAGCUUAAUAUCUAUUGACUUUCAUUACUUUUUGAACAACAAUUUAUAAACAUUCACGUUGUUUUGAGUUCCCUAAUCAUGCAACUAGUUGUCAUGAGUAAUAAAUGUUUAUAUUUAAAUGAAAUAUAAUUAGUGACUAUCUAUACUGUACAAGGAUGCGAUGCUGAAGAAAAGCCAAACGAUAGAGAGAAAUUAGCAAAAUAAUAAAAAUUGGUGAGUAAAAUUGAACAUGCAAACUGAUUUGUUUAGAACAUCAAUACUAUUAAAUAAAUAUUAUACUCUUAGAAGGUUAUGUGAAAGCUAAAGCGGCCCUUAUUUUAAUAAUAAAAAACUAAAAAACAAUAAAGUGCAAUGCCUACUAUAAGAAGACAUAAUCAAUAGUCAGAAAAUAUGUAAAUUAUCUUCUAUAUUGAAAUUUAGAAGAUAUAUUUACAUAGGAAAAGCCAUUAAGUUUAGUGUCAUAAGUAUUAGUGGUGGGGACAAAAUCGGUAAUUCGAUGAUGAAGUUGGAAAGGGAUGUUACAAUUUAUAGGAGAAGUUUUGGCUAUAUUUUGUCUUUUUAUUAUUUGAUACGGAGGGUAAUUUGAGAACAAAUCUUUCUUUUUUCAAUUUAUUGUUGGGGACAAUAUUGGAAGAAAAAAAAAAGUGUGAAAGAGUGGUUUUGGCUUAAGUUAGGAAUGCAUAUAUAGAGUAUUUAUGAGGUUACUUUAGUGGAAUGCUUUUUUAGUCGAUAUAUUUGCUUAUGUCCGGCAAAACUUCUAUUAAUUAAACUCAUUGGAUAUACACAAUCAUUUGAUAGGUGGCUACAAAAUUGAAGGUCCUUAAUUUGUUAGGUUGUCACAUGUUGAAGGAAACUCCUAACCUCUCUGCAUUUUUAUCCUUAGAAAUAUUAAUUCUAGGGCGGUGUAGAGCACUUACGAAACUUCCCAACUCAAUUGGAAUGCUGAAAUGUUUAAUUGAGUUGGAUAUCUCAUACACAAGUAUCAUAGAGUUGCCAAAUACCAUUGUCAAUCUAAAGAGCUUGAAAGUGUUGAAGAUGAAUCAAAGUUACAUGCAAAAGUUACCCGAGGCUAUUGGGAUGAUGGAGAAACUUGAGGAAAUUUAUGGAAAGCAUUGCGAGCAGCUAAAGAUGAUUCCUAGUGAUAUUGUGAGACUACCAUUCUUGAAGACUUUGAAAUUAACAGGAACUCGUGUGGAGAAUGUGCCAAAGCUUCCAGAGAGUUUGGUAAGUCUAUAUUUUUCCUCAAGUGCUGUAGAAAAGGUUCUGGAGAUCUUCAACCCGGUAAACCUUCCGACUUUAAGAAAUCUAGAAUUAUGUUUCGGCGAAGACGAUGAUGAAACCUUUGUCUACCAUAAAUCAGAGCAACAGCCCCAUGCUUUUUACAGCUCAGUGCAUAUGAAACUUUUGAGUAGUACUAGCGUAAGCUCAUAUGGGGGUUGGCUUCAUUGUAUAGGAGAACUUGAACUCAACCAGUGCAAGAACUCGCGUCAGAUUCAACAGCUUCCCUCAAGUUUGAGGAAACUCAAAAUUAGUGAUUGCAAUCUUUCUGGAGUUGUUGACCUUUCCAACUUGGAGAAUUUGUUGGAGCUUCGUCUAACCGAUAAUUGGAUUUGUGCUAUUCAAGGGCUUGAAAGACUGAAGAAUCUACAACUCUUCAAGCUUUGGAUGUGUCGCUUCCUUCAGACAUUGCCCAACUUAUGUAACUUAAAAAAUCUCAAGGAUUUUGAACUAGUGGAUUGUUCGAGACUGGUUGAGAUUGAAGGUCUCGACAGAUUAGAAUCACUAGAAAGGCUUGAUAUCCUAUUCUGCGGAUCCCUGCAAAGCCUACCUGAUCUAUCCCGCUUGAAGAAGCUGAAGAUGAGUUGGUGGUGAGAAAAACCAGUAGCUCAUGAGAUGGUCUCCCACUUCACUUGAAAAGGCUCGAAGAUCAGUAAAUCUUGAAAUUUGAGACUUGGAGGAAUUUGUCAUCAAAAU